AUGGGAAAAAUACGAAGGUCAAGAACUCAUAAAGGGAUCAGAGAUCAUUAUCGAAAGACUCGGAACAAUGUCAAAGAUUUAGAUCAGGUUCAUGAAGAAUUGAGGAGGCUUGAAGAAAAAAUUUGCAUUGACGAACAAGGUAGUGGAGGUAACGUAGUGCCAGAUGAAGAUCAAGCAUCGGAUUUGGAGUUGCCUGGAUCCGGAAAGUAUCCUUGCAUUCCUUGCGCGCGAUAUUUCAUAAAUUCCGAUGCACUUAAAGAACAUCAGCGUGGUAAAGUUCACAAAAAACGGAUCAAAUUGUUAAAAGAAGCCCCGUACACUCAAACAGAGGCGGAGGCAGCAGUUGGGUACUCCACAGAAAAUUCCAGAGUUAAAAUGAUGAAUGAUUUUCCAUAA